AUGCUCGGCAUUCGUCCUACUCUUAGAGCGAGGCGUUCCCUGCUGGAUCUGAUCCGCACCAGAGGCGAAGACGACGACAACAGCCAGCGAGAGCAAGGGAGCGACAGUGACGACGAUAGCCUUAGCUCAGGCUCCGGGGCCAGAGGGAGCCGUUACAGAGGGAGCUUCAGCGAUAGAGCCCCUGCGCCUCCCGUUAACGUUGCUGCUGUUCGAGACCCCACCCGCAAAGCAUCGUCAUCAUCCUGGCUCCACUCAAGAGCUGGGAAAGCAGUAGCAGCAGCUCUAGCGUUGGUGGACGUAGCUCGCCAGGUGCCUCUGCCAGACUCUCCACCACCAUCUCCAUCUCUGUCUCCAUCUCCAUAUUCACCUUCAUCAACACCUCAACCUUCAUCUCAGCCGCCUCCUUCGUCAACCCUCUCCCCCGGUUCGACAGCAUCUUCCAUUCGGCCCCAGCCGCCGCAUUCUCCUACCUCCCCUUAUCUUCAAUUAGACAACGCGCCAGUUUCGUCGUUGAAGAUGCCUCCUAAAACAUCAAAGGCUGCGAAUAACAGCAGCAAGACCAAUGAGGAAGAUGGAUAUCAAACCGGUAAAAUCUACUCCAUUUCUGGUCCCGUCGUCGUGGCUGAGGACAUGAUUGGUGUUGCCAUGUACGAGUUGGUCAGAGUAGGACAUGAUAACCUCGUUGGUGAAGUUAUUCGAAUCAGUGGCGACCAGGCCUCUAUUCAGGUUUACGAGGAGACAUCCGGCGUCAUGGUGGGUGACCCUGUUACCCGUACCGGAAAGCCCUUGUCAGUCGAGCUCGGUCCCGGUCUCCUCAACGGUAUCUACGACGGUAUCCAGCGCCCCCUCGAGGCUAUUUCCAAGAUGGCCAAGUCCAUUUAUAUCCCCCGCGGUAUCGCCGUCCCCGCCCUCGACCGCGAGAAGAAGUGGGAGUUCACACCCUCCGUUAAGGUCGGCGACCACCUUUCCGGUGGUGAUGUCUGGGGCUCGGUCUUCGAGAACUCUUUCCUCGCAGACCACAAGAUUCUGUUCCCUCCUCGUGCACGAGGAACCGUUACCAAAAUCGCUGCCAAGGGCGAGUACACCGUCGUCGAGAACAUUCUCGAGGUCGAGUUCGAUGGCAAGAAGACGGAGUUUCCCAUGAUGCAGUCCUGGCCUGUCCGAGUACCACGUCCCUCCAACGACAAGAAGUCCGCCGACCAGCCCUUCAUUGUCGGUCAGCGAGUUCUCGACGCUCUUUUCCCUAGUGUUCAAGGUGGUACCGUCGCAAUUCCCGGUGCUUUCGGUUGCGGAAAGACUGUCAUUAGUCAGUCUGUGUCCAAGUUCUCCAACAGUGAUGUUAUCGUCUAUGUUGGUUGCGGCGAGCGAGGCAAUGAGAUGGCCGAAGUCUUAAAGGAUUUCCCCGAGCUCACCAUUGAGGUCGAUGGCCGCAAGGAACCUAUCAUGAAGCGAACUACGCUCAUUGCCAACACCUCGAACAUGCCUGUCGCUGCCCGAGAAGCCUCCAUUUACACUGGAAUUACUGUUGCCGAAUAUUUCCGCGACCAGGGUCUCAACGUGGCCAUGAUGGCUGACUCCUCUUCCCGAUGGGCUGAGGCUCUUCGAGAACUUUCUGGUCGUCUGGGAGAAAUGCCUGCUGAUCAGGGUUUCCCUGCGUACCUGGGUGCCAAGCUUGCCUCGUUCUACGAGCGAGCCGGUCGCGUUCAGACUCUUGGUUCUCCCGAGCGCGAGGGCAGUGUCAGUAUCGUCGGUGCCGUCAGUCCUCCCGGUGGUGAUUUCUCGGAUCCCGUUACUACAUCCACUCUGGGUAUUGUGCAGGUCUUCUGGGGUCUCGACAAGAAGCUUGCGCAGCGAAAACAUUUCCCUUCCAUCAACACAUCGUUAUCUUACAGCAAGUAUAACACCAUUUUGGACAAGUAUUACGAGAAGAAUUACCCCGACUUCCCUCGACUCCGCGACCGCAUCAAGCAACUUCUGUCUGAUUCCGAGGAGCUCGACCAGGUUGUUCAACUUGUUGGAAAGAGUGCCCUGUCUGAUCCUGACAAGAUUACGUUGGAUAUCGCAGGCCUGAUCAAGGAAGAUUUCUUGCAGCAAAACGGUUACUCGGACUAUGACCAGUUCUGUCCUAUCUGGAAGACAGAGUGGAUGAUGAAGCUCAUGGUGGGCUUCCACGAUGAAGCCCAGAAGGUUAUCGCGCAAGGCCAGAGCUGGGCCAAGGUACGAGAGGCUACUUCUGACCUGCAAGCCAACCUGCGACAGUUGAAGUUUGAGGUUCCCACCGACGGCCAGGAUGUGAUCUCCAAGAGAUACGAGGAGAUUCAACAGAAGAUGACAGACAAGUUUGCGGCUGUCAUGGACGAGUAA